AAAUAAUCGAAGAUUGUGAGAAAUGUAAAAAGAAUAUGAGGUGUGAUGCAAAAUACCCGAUAAUAUGUGACAAUUGUCUUCAUGAAGUAUUAAAAAUAGAAUUUGAUAACUGGACUAGUGGAGAUUCAUUAAUUGAUGAACUCAUUAGAAAAGCUCAGCUAUCAUUACCUUAUAAUCGGUAUCCUGAAUGGAUUCCAUGUGAUUCUUUCACUGAAAUACAAUAUAUUAAAGGUGAAUUUGGUGUAGUAAUUUCUGCAAAAUGGAGCCAAGGAGCCAAAAGAAUGCAAAGUUAUGGCAAUAGGCGUCACCACACUCGAUCAGGUCCCUGCAAAAUUAUUCUAAAGAAAUUUAUGAAACAAUCUUUAUCUACAGAAAUGCCGCUUUAUUGUUGUUUAUACGGAAUUACCCAAAAUAUUUCAACAUCAGAAUAUUUACUUGUAGAUUCCACGUCUCCAUGCGACAUUUGUCUCCGUAAAAUGUUAAAAAGUGAAUUUUCUAAUUGGUCAAGUGGAAAUUUAUUAAUUGAUGAAUUUAUUAAAAAGGCGCAGCUGUCAUUACCUUAUAAUCGGCAUCCUGAAUGGAUUCCAUAUGAUUCUUUCACCAAAAUAAAAUAUAUUAAAAGAGAUGAAUUUGGUGCCGAAUGGAACCAAGGAGCCAGAAGAACACAAAGUUCUAAUAAUGAACACUAUUACAUUCGAUCAGGUCCCCGUGUGGUUGUUUUAAAGAAAUUGAAAGAUAUAAAUCAGCUUUCAAUGAUAGAAAUACGCUGCCAAGAUUCAUUAUAUU